GUACGCCACACGUCAGUAAACAAGUCGCACAUAACGCACGCUGUGUUGUUGAUAGUGUAGUUUUUGGUCAUUGGAUUGCCAUUUUAACCGCAGCUACCGUUACAAGCAAAUCUACAGAAUGAACGAGAAAUGAAGAGGUUUUAGGUACGUUGUAAUAGCUUCAUACUGCACCAGUCUGGGUCAACAAGAUGUGGCUUUAGUACUUACAAACUCGGUAGAAAUUUUCGUGAAGGACCUUGUCGGUUAAAAAUCAUCAGUACCGUAGCAGAGUGAUGUGAGAAAUCCGUAUUAACCCUGCUUUGAAGCUACAGGAGUUUUAUGCGCUGUGAGAUUUGUCACUGUAUGAUUUGAAUUUAUCGUGUUGGACACCGUUCAAUUGAGUUCUUGCCGAACAAAACAAAAUAAUGUCUACUGAUAACAAAGAGAAUGCAGAGUGCGACAAGAAGAAGAAGAACCGACCACGCCUGAGCAUCAAAAUUUUCAGUGGAGGCAGUAAGAAGAAAGAUCUAAGGAAGAUACACGAGGAGCAUCACGAUUCUGACGGAUCCCACAAGGCUCCGGAGGAGAGCCCAGAGGUAUUGACUGAGGAGAAAAACACAAAGGAAAUCAAAACUGACAAUGUGACUGAAUCAGAUGUGAGGGAGGAGUCUGCUCCUGUUCCAGUGCCCUUAAGGUUUGGGAGGAGACGCUCUCUGUCAGCAUGCGCUGAUGUUCAGGAUACACGCAUCAAGAGAAAAGACGACAGCGAAGGAGGUGACCAAGACGAGACGGAUGGGGACCAACUGAGCCCCCUCCCAGCCUCCCCAACGAGGUCCUGUAUAAGAGGGCGAUCGGCUACCUUCUCCCACGGGGAGAACGUCGAGGAACGUUCGAGACAGCGGAGCGUUAGUUUCUCCCCAGAAACGGUUGACCCGCCCCCACGUAACCUCAAAUACCGGGAAUGGAUCGAGGCAAAAACCAAGGCACCGCCAAUCAACGUCAAGCACGAGAAACACAAGCAGAAAAUGAACCAAAUGAAGAAGGUGAACUUGUCCGAUUUCCUGUCAUCUCCUAAACGUGGGACUGGGGGAAUUAUGUCAGUCAGUACAUCAGCUUUUGGAGGGGGUGGAAGCAUGAUGAUGUAGCCAGAGUGCCAACAAUACAACCAACCCACCACACCAAGGAGAAGUCAGAGUAUGAGUCGACUCUUGUUCUUGGAGACCCCUGGACGGCAUGCCAUCACUGAUCUUUGUCAGAAUCCCAUGUACCAAUGUUGUCCAGUGGUUAGACUGCAGAAUUUAACAAUUACAAGGUUGUGGGUUCGAAUCCUACCAGGCUAACCGCUGAUUCCACAAUGGUAAGGCACCGUCUACCUGUUGGAGACCCAGUACCAGAGCGAAGCACACAUUUUCACAACAACUUGUUUGUCUCUGAUACGAAGCCUAAAGCCUGGUUCAUACCUCCUGCGAAUGCGAAGCAAAUUUUGGUGAUACGCACUCAUUUACCAUUUGUGAUGCAAGGAAAUUCGCUUUGCACGAAGCAUUCGCAGUAAGUAUGAGCCGGGGCUUUAGUUUGAGGCAUGGGUUUGAAAAGGGUCAUCGUAAUCAAAAGUCAGUCGGAACAGUAUUCAUAUCUUUGAUUAAUCUGUUAUAUCACACAUCACAACAAGACUUUUAUUGGGGUUUUAAUUAUUCACAGACUCGUGGGUGAUGACAUUUUCUUGCAGUAAUAUGAUGGAAGGGGGUAGAAGAGUGAGUUUUUUUUUCCCGGUGGAGACAAGAGUUAUCUCCUCCCACUCUCAAAAACAAGCAUUGUUUGCAUGUUUUCCUCUUGUUCCCUCUUUGAUUUUAGCGGUGUAAGGAGGGGGGGGGGUAGAACGAGGUGGCUUACAUUUGUUGUUGACUUAUCCACAUAUCCCAUCUCAGAUGACUGUG